AAACCCUAGCUCGCUGGUUAUUAGGGUUUUAAGAGCCAGGGCUAUGCUCUUCGUCUAGGGUUUUAGGAAAGCUUCGCGUUCAUUCGACUGUCCGAACCGGUUUUACCCGAAAAAAAAAUGGGUUUUUGGGGAAUUGAAGUCAAACGGGGCAAACCACACCCUUAUAACUCGGACAAUGUGCAAGGAAAGCUUCACAUUACUCAGGCAACAUUAGGCCUCGGCUCGUCAACAGAGAGGUGCAUACUUCAGUGUUUUGUAGGACACAAGAAUCCAAUUUUUUUGUGUUCUUUGUUACCGGAUAAGAAUGAGUGCUGCCCCUUAAAUCUUGAAUUUGAGAAUGAUGAUUUAUUAGCCUUCUCGGUGAUUGGCCCCCGAAGCAUCCAUGUCUCGGGUUAUUUUGUGGCUGAUGAUGGAGGUCUCAUUCAAGAUGACUAUGAAUUAGAUACUUCUGGGGAGGAUAUUGCUGAGACUGAGACGGAGGACUCAUCUGAGUUUGAUUCUGAAGGUGACUAUGAUGAAGACUUCAUUGAUGACAGUGAUAUUGAAGUUUACCCGCCUUCACCUAUUCCAAACAGUGGAGUUGUAAUAGAGGAAAUUGUGGAUGAUGAUAAGCCUACAAAUGGUAAUGGCCAGCUACAUCGAAAAAAGAAGAAUAAAUCAAGUGACUCCAAGGAUCAUAGAGAAUCCCAACAACUUGUAGCCAAGAAUCGUGGAGUCCCAGUUUUGGAAAGUGAAGAUGAAGAUGGUUUUCCUGUUUCUACCACAGAUAAAAGCAACUCAAACAUUCAGGAGCCCGAGGGAGAAGCUGAACAGACAGAAGACAAAACAAAUGAGAAAGCCAAGAAGAAGAAAAAGAAGAAAGCAAAAGAUGAUGAUGAUGCUACUGGCUUAAAAAGAAAGGUUGAAAGCGUUGACCAGGAUGAUCACCAAGAAAGGCAAAAGAGGAAAAACAAGAAACAAAAAGAGCAGGUUAAAGGGGCAGAAGCUCUUGAAUCUGGUAAUGACACUGAGAUCAAUGUGCCUAUUGAGCAUGAGAAGCGGCCUGAGGAGUCGAAGAGGAGCCCCAACUUGAACCGGGUUUCGCCUGUUGAGAAUGACGGUGAUCAGAAGCUAUCUAACAAGAAGGACCUUGAUGUUGAUAUGGACCUUGUUCCUGGCAAAAAUUCCUCGGAGGAGAAAAAGAAGAAGAAAAAGAAGAAGAAGAAGACAACACCACAGGAGAGUGAAGGGGGAACUAAUACAAAUCAAACUGCUUCUGCUAUGAGAAAUCAGGAGAUAGAAGAAAAAGAAAGUGAAGCCAAGUCAUCUCAAGUGAGAACCUUUCCAAAUGGGUUGGUUAUUGAGGAGCUAGCAAUGGGCAAACCAGAUGGCAAAAGAGCUUCUCCUGGAAAGCAGGUCAGCGUCCAUUACAUUGGCAAGCUGAAAGAUAAUGGCAAAAUUUUUGACUCGAAUGUGGGAAGGGCACCCUUUAAAUUCCGCCUAGGUAUAGGACAAGUUAUAAAGGGUUGGGAUGUUGGAGUUAAUGGCAUGCGUGUUGGGGACAAAAGAAGACUCACAAUUCCGCCACCAAUGGGAUAUGGUGCUCAACGGGCUGGGAAGAUACCACCAAAUUCAUGGCUCAUGUUUGAUGUGGAGUUGGUUGAUGUUCGUUGAUCACAGUGCUUUCAUAUUUUUCCUUUCAGUUUUUUUGAGGUUAUUUCAAAGUUGUUUGUUAGUGUAAAGAUGGGUCUUGAGAAAAAGGAAAAAUGUGUCCAAGAUGAUAAAAAUCUGGAUACCAUCGUGUCUCAAUCUGGGAACUUGUUAGACUAUUGGUUGAGCAAAAAUUUUGUGAAAUUUCAGGAUUUUGAUCA